CAUCAUUCGUUACUUGACAUACCUACCUACCUAUCUUCCUUGCAUCAGUUUUAUCCUAGUUUCAUAGGUAACCCAACAACAAAGGUCAAGGUCGUCGAUUCGCAACAGCCCCUAUUAGGUUUCCGAGAGAAUUAAUUCCUUCUUACCUACCCACCUGAUAUCCAAGAAUCGAUCUAGGCUACCUACCUAGGUACCUAGUACCUAUGGAUCUGGAUUCGCGCUCAGACCCUAGUUUGCUAGGUGCCACCCAUCUUCAAGGCGUGGACAAUGUUGAUAGGAAUCACAGACAUACCUAUCAUGAAAUAUCUGCAGUUCAACCAGAAACAAUGAAGAGGAGGAUGGCACAUAGAAAGUUACGCUCUAUUCAUAUAUUCAUGAUUACUAUCAACGCAACCCUUGGAACUGGGCUUUACUGGCGUGGCGGCCAGGUAUUAGAAGUGGGUGGAUCAUUGGCCGUCAUCCUAUCAUUCUUACUUCUAGGCAUACUGGCUUGGGUGGUAAUGCAAUGUAUUGCCGAACUGCUCUGCAUUUGGCCGGUUCCCGGGGCUCUGGCCGUCUUCGUCCGUAAUUACGUAGAUGACGAGCUAGGAAUUGUGGUAGGCAUAGCAUAUUGGUUCACCUACUCAGUCUCGUAUGCAUAUCUGAUAUCAGCUACUGCAUCUGAGGUGCAUUACUGGAUGAACCCGGCUAAUUCUGAAUUCGAUGGAACGGUGCUGUACUUGAUCAUACCAUUAAUCCUCAUCCUGAUCAAUUCUUUUGGGGUAGAGCUAUACGGAUGGUUCGAGGUGGCCACUGGCGUGGUUAAGAUAAGUUGCCUUUUUAUAAUUAUCAUCUCGAUGAUAGUGUUUGCCGCUCGAGAUACACAUGCCCUCGAAAAUUGGAAAACCCCUACCAGGUUUGACCAAUGUGCAGCUAAAAACUGGGUUUCUGCCCUAUUCAUGUGUUUAUCAAUCGCAACGUUCUCAUAUGUUGGUGUUGAGAUUCCAGCAGCAAUUGCCCUUGAGGCUCGACCUCCGAAGAGGAAAUCUACGGCGACCGAGUCAUCUGAGCCUCUCGACGAUACAGGCAAUAUAGGGGAUACCAUCCGUUUUUCAGUGAAGUGGGUCACUUUAUUCGCUUGCAUUGCGUACACGUUAAGCGGUUUAUUACUCUCACUCCAUGUGGUCUCCACAAACCCAGAUCUACCACGUGUUGGCUGGGUUGAUCAAACCUCGACUGUUACUACUUCAGCUUUUGUCAUCGCUGCAGAACUUUCCCGUGCCCCAGGGGUAGCCAGUGCAUUCAACGGUUUCCUUGUAUUCACCGCCUUAUCAUGCGCCAACACAAACCUUUUCAUUGCAUCAAGGAUGUUAUUCGGUUUAAUUAACCAGAUAGAGGGUGGUCCUGACGAACCUUGGUAUCUGAAUGUCCUCGCCUGGCUCGGAAGGACCAACAGUUACAGAGUUCCAAUCCGAGCAAUGGCUGUUUCUGCUCUUUCUUUCAUAUGGUUACCGUUCCUACAACUUGCCAAUGACGCGACAGAAUCAAAUGGUAAUACGAAGCGUGUAGCGACGAAAGAUUGCCAUAAUGGAGGUCCUACUUCUGGAAUAAAAUCGUUUAUCGAUGUUCUCGCCGAUAUGGCUAGUGUAGGCGUUUUAGUCGUUUGGGCUUGUGAGUGUUGGGCAUUCAUUCGAUAUUAUAAUUGUAUCAAUCGACAUAAGGUUGAACUCAUGGAGCGGAGAGUGCCGCGAGUUCGUCGGUUUGAUGAAGGGGACAACAAUGAUUAUCCUUACAUAAGUAAUGGGCAACCAUUCACAGCCUAUUUCGGGCUAUUCGCAUGCUUGUUCCUUCUACUAGUGGUCAACGGUGCUUCUUUAUGGAAUGGGUUUUAUGUUGAGCCAUUCCUAUCUUCAUAUCUUAUUGUGCUCCUCUUUAUACUACUUUGGAUAAUACUCAAAUUUUUUCGGGGCGCGAGGUGGUCACUUGUCGACCUCUCCAACCCGGACACGGUCGAAUCGAUUAUUCGCGGCUUACAUCAGCUCAGUUUCGCUGGAUACCCGAACGAGUCCACGUCUAACACCGAAAAGAGCUCAUCUAUGUGGCCACUCUCCCUUUUAGCUAAAUCACCUCGAGAAACGUGACGAUUGAAUCGCAAUGGGGAGUAUCCUGGAAUUUAGAUGUCCUCCUAGUUGAACUGAAGCUCAUGAGUGGUUAUCAAGCUGUUUUGUAUACACUUCGUAGUUGUUCGUAUGGAAAAAUUAAGAAUAUAUAGACGAUAAUAGAAUUAUUACUCCUUUCCUAAAGGGUACAUUGAGGAGAUAAACAU